ACGCGCACAAACAUUGCAGGAACUGUUCUUGUGUGAAAAACACACACACAGGCAAUUGUUUUAUUUCGCUAGGAUUACUUCACAAACAGCGCCAUGCCGUCGAAGAAGAAAAAAUAUAACGCGCGCUUCCCGGCGGGCCGCAUCAAGAAGAUCAUGCAGAGCGACGAGGAGAUCGGCAAAGUGGCGCAGGCGGUGCCCGUUAUCAUCUCGCGCACGCUGGAGCUGUUCGUAGAGUCGCUGCUGACGAAGACGCUGCGAAUCACGAACUCGCGCAACGCCAAGACGCUAUCGCCGUCGCACAUGCGGCAGUGCAUCGUGUCUGAGAAGCGGUUCGACUUCCUCAAGGAGCUGGUGCGCAACAUACCCGACAUCAGUGUGGCCGAGGAGGCCGCCUACAACGAGGACGAUAUGCUGCGCAGCUCGCCGGAGGAUCAAUAUCCUGAUUCAGACACGCCAUACGAUCUUAGCCUGCCAUCGACCUCCAUGCGCUCGCAGCCCAACAAUGGCACUGCGGCCACCGCUGCCUACAUGCGCUCCAUGAGCCUGAACGGUGGCGGUGGCGCAGGCACCAAGCGCCAGCAGCAGCAGCAUCCUCCCCACCUAAAUCCAACCCACACCCUGCCCGCCAAGCUGGCCCGCUCGGAGUCGACGCCCGCCUACACACCGGGUCAACGAGGCCGACCACCCAAUUCCCACUCGCAGCACCACAAGAAGCAGCCGGUGCAGCUCGACAAUGCCAUACCUCCCCCGAUCUGCAGCUACGAGCUGAACAAGCCCAUCGUCAAGAUCGACUACAGUAACGUGCAGAUGCGGAGCCUCUGCACCCCGGAGGCUGCUGUUUCCGCACCAGCCUCGGACUCCAGCGCCGCCUUCAACUUUGAUAUCGCUGCACCGGUUAUCAAUAUAGAUCUAACGAAUAUCGUGGCCGCUGGAGCCGGAGCGGCGAGCAGCAGGCCGACAUCAAUUGGCUUCGCGCAAGCGGAAAACAACAAUGUGAACCAAAUGGCUGGAAAGAGCAGCGCUCCCAUCAUUCCAAAGGCCACUGCGGCACCAUCAGCGACACCCACUGAAACCAUUUUCGAAUUAGACGAAGACUAUGACAAUAUUUGAUUAGGAUCUAUGUGAAAGCGCUUUUAAAAAUUAAAUUAUUGCUACAUUAACACUGUACAAUUAGUAUAAGAAUAACAAUUUUUGCAAAAUAAAGACCUAGCUUGAUUUUAAGCUGA